AUGGCCGCUGUCCGACUGUGUUUGGUGCUGGUCCUUUUCUCCUGCUCUGGACUCGAGGCUUCCAGAGCGGUCCUGAACCAGGAGCUGUCGUCUCUGUUCAAUGAUCUGUGGAGACUGGACUCAAACCGCAUGGACCCUGGACUGGACUAUACCCUCUCUGUGCAGGGCAGAGCAGGGUUUGUGAACCAGGGCAGUACCAUCGUCCCAGACCGUGCUCCGCUCCCACUGUUCUCCUUCGUCAACGAAACAAAACUGGAAACUAUCACAACAUUCUCCAAUUUGAUUAAACUGUUAAAUAAUUACGAACGAUCGACGGGAGUCGCUGAAACUGUCACGACCGAAGAACUGCAGGAAAUCAACAAGUUCGUGGACUCAGUGGUACAGACUCCGGUCAUGAAGCGUGCCCAUCAAUUCCUGGUGACCAAACGCCUCGUCAGCUCCGACGUGAGAAGCUUCAAGAACAAACUGAACCGGAUCUGGUUCCAUCUUUACCGGCGCCAGAGGAACAGCCAGCUGGACUCCUGCGGCUUCGAGCACGUCUUUGUGGGAGAAACUCGCUCUGGAAACGAACUGAUUGGUUUCCACAACUGGGUCCAGUUUUACCUCCAGGAGAAAGCUCUGGACCUGGAUUAUAAAGGAUUUAAGUCUGGACACCAGGACUUUCCGGACCAGGACGACCAUGUGCUGAACCUGCAGUUCACGUGGCACGGCGUGGUGAAGCCUGUGGGCAGUGCCUUCAUUGGGACCAGUCCUGAGUUUGAGAUGGCUCUGUACACUGUGCUGUUCCUGCUGAGCACAGAGAAGAGCACCACGGUCCUGGUCAACAUCGACCAGUGUCAGAUGGAGCUGGUGGUCGUCAGACACGGAGCCUCCAUCCAGACGGCCUACCCCAAACUGCUUAGCAGCAACAGCAGACACCUGCAGCAGGGGAACCAGGGCCAGCAGUACCAGCACCAGGCCCAGCAGUACCAGCACCAGGGCCAGCAGCACCAGCACCAAGGGCAGCAGUACAACCAGCAGUACAACCAGUACCAGGGGCAGCAGCAGGGGCAGCAGUCUCACUCUCACUGA